GGUUCUCUCUCCUCCUGAAUCUGAAGAAAGCUCAGAAGAAAGGUGGAACAUUUAGGCGGUUUCAAGUCAAUAAAAGAGUGUGCGACCGAAGUACAGGCAGUGGGAGCAAACAGGAAAUCAGCACUAUCUGCAAAUAAAACCGCUGCCUGACUUCCUAUUCUCCACACAGACGUGUUCGUUCUGUUUCAACACCUGCUGCAUCGCACCCUCACACGGCUACCACCACGGUAUCUACGAGGUCAGAAUGUCUUGGGUGCCGCCAGAUUUAGCGACACUCUGCACACCUCACAUCCAUUCCACGAGCUGUUCGCCUUCUGCAGUGCUGUUCCUACAACUCAUCUCUCAGCUCUUCGGUUACUCACCAGAUCAGUCAUUUUCAUCAGCGUACGAUUCGUUUUUCGGGUACAAUGGAGGCCAUUUACAUUCGUAUGAUGCACUAUUUGGACAUUCUGGGAGUCCAUCAUCUUCAUUACAUGAUUCGUUCAUUGGUUCCUCGGAUAAUUUCGACAACACAGGUUUCUUGACCGCAUUCCAUGCCAAGCAGGACUCCCAGCAACAAGAAACAAUUGAGGAAUUCGACUUCAUCAUCGUGGGAGCAGGUUCAGCUGGGUGCGUCCUAGCUAACAGGCUCUCAGAGAUCAAGACAUGGAAGAUCCUGUUACUCGAGGCUGGGAUAGAGGAGCCUUACGUGGCUGACGUACCAGCUUUCGCUCCCCUCCUGCAGGAAAGCAAUAUAGACUGGAAGUACCGGACGCAACCAGAGAAACACAGUUGUCGCGCCUAUCCUGGCGGAGGAUGCAGAUGGGCCAGAGGCAAGGUUAUGGGAGGGUCCAGUACCAUCAACUACAUGAUAUACGUAAGGGGCAACAAACACGACUAUGAUGGAUGGGCUGCGAUGGGGAACCACGGAUGGGACUACGAAGAAGUCCUGCACUAUUUCCUCAAGUCGGAGGACAACGAAGAUCCAGACAUUGUGAAGCACAGCCCUGAACAUCAUCACAAGGGCGGAUAUCAGACAGUGGAACGGUUUCCCUACCAAGAUUACAACAUCAGGAUAAUAAUCGACGCGUGGAAAGCUCUAGGGUACCCUGAGAUAGACGUGAACGCGGAACAGCAGCUGGGGGUGAUGCUGUAUCAGCACACAUCCCGGCACGGAGAACGUCUCAGUACGAAUGCCGCCUUCAUUCGACCGAUCCGCCGUAAACGCGCCAACCUGACAAUCCGCACCCAGGCACACGUGACACGAGUCCUAAUCGACCCGAGAACCAAACACGCAUUUGGCGUCGAGUACAUUCGAGACGGCGGGACCAAGAUUAAUACAGUCCGAGCCAGGAAAGAAGUGAUUCUAUCUGCCGGUACCAUAAACUCGCCAAAACUCCUCUUACUUUCCGGAGUCGGACCAAGAGAACAGCUUCAAUAUUUUGGCAUUCACGUCAUAAAAGAUCUGAGAGUAGGAGAGAACCUACAAGACCACGUUACUGUAACAGGAGUUCUCAUAUCUUUAAACAAGACGGCAACAACAGCAAGCGAUCAACAGAGGAUGGACGACGUCUACAAAUUCAAGCACACGAGGAUGGGUCCUUUAUCCUCCACAGGCCCCCUGCAAGUUGGUGUUUUCACUGCAACCGAGUACUCGGAAUACAAAGACCUGCCCGAUGUUCAGUAUUCCUUUGACGCGGCCAGCGUCCAGGACUUCAUCAAUAACCCUACGCUGGAACCGAACGUUCAGCCGCUGGCGUAUUACGACGCAAUCAACGUGCGACCCAUUCUCCUGCAGCCCCGUAGCAGAGGAAGGGUCUCGCUGAACACCACCGAUCCAAUCUGGGGAGCCCCACUCAUCAACCCUAAUUACUUCAGCGACGGUCGCGACCUGGAAACCAUGGUCGCCGGUAUCAGACAAGGCCUUGAAAUGCUAUUCACUGAACCAUUCAGACACGUGGGAGCACUACUUGUGGACUACCCCGUGCCGGAGUGUGCCAAGUACGAGUUCGCUAGUGACGAUUACUGGAGAUGUCUGAUUAUAUUCUACACAGCCACCAUCUACCAUCCUGUGGGAACGUGCAAGAUGGGUCCGCACGACGAUCCUGAUGCUGUGGUAGACCCUCAUCUUCGUGUGCACGGGAUCAAGAACUUGCGAGUCAUAGACGCCUCCAUAAUGCCAAAGAUAACACGUGGAAACACGAACGCCCCAACGAUCAUGAUCGCAGAGAAGGGUUCAGACUUAAUUAAGAAACACUGGUUGGGCACAAGUGAAUCAAAUUAGCUUCGUCUACAAAACCGUCUCGAGAGGAGACCAUUUCUUGACAUUUGCAAUAUCGUGAUCGUGUUGACGUGAGUAAUUUUACAGGUAAAUAAAUCAAAAUGCCGCCCAAGUAGGCAUCGAAUUAUACUGAAACUUCAAGUUUUAACCCUCUCAGUGCCAGGCUCCAAAGAACACAUACGGACAUAUGCAAAAAGGCGCCAAAACAAUUCUGCAGAAUUGUUUUCAGCAUCCUUUCCCUCAAUUCUGGCGUAGACUCUACCACCAAGGUGUAGUCUCGUCUAUCAAUAUAAAAUAGCAGAUAUACUACACACAGAGCAUCGAUUUGAUCGACUUUGGCACUUAUGCACGGAUUCUUUUUACAGUGUUUCAUUCAAAACGCAACCCUAUCUGCAACAGCAUUUGUAAGCUGUUGUAACAUCAAUACAAAACUACGAAUGAGUUUUUCUUUUGUUCUUUGUUAGAAAUAACUUACAAAACAGCUUUACAAGAGACGUCAAAUAUCUUCUCGAAGAUCCGCAAACAUUUAACUCCCAAAAUUCUAUUACCAGUCCGUGUACUGUAUUAUUCAGUAUUUCCGUACUGAACAUACGUCGUUCAACAUUUCAAUAACAUGUUAAAAUUCAAAUAGUCGUGAGUGAGAUUUGAGGUUCUCAUGGCGACGAGAAUGCUUCCCCGUGUAGUCUGGUAGAAACUGGCCCUGAUGGCUGCAUUGAGCUCUUCUGAAAUGUCAGUCAAUUUCUACUACACUACAGGAUGCAACAUCCCAGAUGACAGCCAUCUCUAAACAGUAGUGGGUUGGGAAAUAUUGCACGCUGUUAUAAGGAAUACUGGCACGCCAUACUGAUUCGUUUCUAGUAGGUUACUAUUCCCCAGCCCACUAAGAAUAAUACUGCUUUGCCAUCAUUAAAUGCAACAACUAAAUAAUAUUCCACGUUCUUGUUAAGCUCAACAAGAAUCAAACUGUAUGGCAUUAUCCCUGAAUUCACUUUAUUUCUUAACCCGUUGCUACCUCAUGUCCGUAGUGGAAUGGAUAAUGAUUCCGAUUUACAAUGUUGUAUUAAAUAGACUAGUUAUAACAUGUACACAGAAAAACUGCAUGCAUUACUGUAGAAAUUAUAACUGUAAAUGAAAAAUAUAUUUGUUUUCCUAUAUAA